AGCUUACGCGACACUUUAGUACGUGAAGAGAGGUGUUAAAUGUUGUUUCGGGCCAUCUGUCAGAAACAAAUAUUUCAUUAAUUUGCAUAACGUUUUAAAAAAUUUAGUGAAUUAAGUGCCAAUUGGAUUUUAUAAUUUAUUAAAUAACCACAAGAACAAUAAACGAUCAGUGACCAAUGGGGAAAGAUUACUAUAAAAUAUUAGGCAUAAACAAAAAUGCCACUGAUGAUGAAAUAAAAAAAGCAUAUAGAAAAUUAGCAUUGAAAUAUCAUCCUGAUAAAAAUAGAAGUGCUGGAGCAGAAGAAAAAUUCAAAGAAAUAGCUGAAGCUUAUGAAGUUCUUUCUGAUGCUAAAAAGAGAGAAGUUUAUGAUAAAUUUGGAGAAGAAGGAUUAAAGGGAGGAGCUGGGUCAGCAGGAGGAGGUGGUGGUGGCACAACAUAUACUUUCCAUGGAGAUCCAAAAGCAACUUUUGCUCAAUUUUUUGGUUCUGCUAGUCCUUUUCAAACUUUCUUUGAAUUUGGAGGUCCUUUAGGAAAUCGAGUAUUUAGUUUUCAUGAUGAUGAUAUGGACAUAGAUGAUCCACUUGGAUUAGGAGUUGGUCCCCAACGUCAAAGUGGCCAAAGCGGAGCUUUCAGAUCACAUUCUUUCAACUUUGUGGGACCAAAUUCUGGUAGAGGAGGCAACAAAGAUCGUGCUCAAGAUCCUGCUAUUGAACAUGACUUAUAUAUCAGUUUAGAAGAAAUUUUACGUGGUUGUACAAAGAAAAUGAAAAUUUCCAAACGAGUUGUACAACCUGAUGGUUCUACCAAAAAGGAGGACAAAGUCCUUACAAUUAAUGUCAAACCAGGAUGGAAAGCUGGUACAAAGAUCACUUUCCAAAAAGAAGGUGAUCAAGGCCGUGGGAAAGUUCCAGCAGAUAUUGUUUUCAUCAUUAGAGACAAACCACAUCCUCUUUUUAGAAGAGAGGGCAGUGAUAUAAGAUACACUUGCAAGCUAAGUUUAAAACAAGCUUUAUGUGGUACUGUUAUUGAAGUUCCUACGCUUAUUGGCGAAAAAAUCAACUUAAAUUUGACUAGAGAAAUUGUAAAACCUAAUAUGGUCAGGAGGAUUCAGGGUCAUGGUUUACCAUUCCCAAAAGAACCAUCAAGAAAAGGUGAUCUCCUGGUUUCAUUUGACAUCAAAUUUCCCGAAACAUUAUCCCAAAGUGCAAAGGACAUAUUAUACGAUACUCUGCCGAAUUGAACACGCAAAAUUGAAAAAAAAAAUGGAUAAUUACAUGUCAUCACAACAACAGUUCUCUAUUCAUCCUAAUUGACGAGAGUGUACGUUCUAGUACAUAAUGCGUGAUUAGAGAGCUAUAAAAAAAUAUUUGUUGAAGCGACGCAAAUAAUAAUUUUAUUUUAUAGUUAGGAAAAUGUGAUUUUCCAUUAGUCAAAUGUAAAGUAAUCACGUUUUCGGUUUAGGCAAAUUUAUGUUCAUUAGAAUGAAAAAAAUGGAUCAUCAAUGCUUUAAUAGCACAAUGGAACGUAUUUUGCCUUUACACGCGGGAAGAAAGAUCCUAAAUAGCAAUUAAGAUUGAAUAUAUUUACAUUAAGUUAUAUUUAACAGAGUGAAUUUGUUAUAGCAACUCUGUAUGAAUGCGAUCUGCUUCAUUUUGUUCAUUUUGUACAUUCAGAGUAUGUAUUAUGUAUACAAAUAUAUUUGAAUGAAUGAAUGUAAGUUUAUGUAUGUGUGUGUGGUCUGUAAGUAUUCUUUAAUGUAAAUGUAUACAGUGCGUCUGAUUUGUAUGAGCAGAAAAUCUGCAAAAGCAUGACAAAUUAUACCACCAUCAUUUUGUUCAACAAUCAUAUUUCUUUUACUUUCUUUGAUUUUUAUACAUCAUGAUUCGAUUUGUUAUUGUUUUUCAAUAAAUUAUUAUGAUAAUAUUAAUAUAAUAAUAAAAAAGGAGGAUUAGUAUUUAAAAACUCUAAAGAAAAUUGUAUUUUGCUCAUUAAUUUUGUUCAACUUCAUAAUGAUUGGUGGAAGUUUUUGUCAUAUAAAAGCAGUGUAUAAACAACUAUUUGUAAUAUCGAGCUGAUUUUCUUAUGUAACGCGUCUUCUUAAUUUUAAUGGUUGGUUAAUUAUUUGUACGCUAAAAUAAUAUCGAUACAAUUAAGUGACACAA